UUGCUGUGCUCGCAAAGAAUGAGCCAUUACAACCUCAUCUGCCCUGUUCUCAGCCUGCCAUUUCACUGCCGUCCUUUGCGCAAUAUUGAUCGUAUUAUUCGCUCGUUUAAUCUUUGAUCGCUGCUUUUGUGCAGCUCGUCCCUAAGCAUUGUUCCAUCGCAAUUGCGCCCGCGCUCACUCGUCGUUCUUGUCCAGACGCAACCCAGGGGAAUCAUUCUGCGCAGAAGAGUGAGCACAACUCGCCUCUCGAGCACCUCCUUCGAAAUGCCGCGCUUCGUCCGGAGAUAGUAUGUACUGUCAACGACCUGCUCUUUCUAGGGUCACAAUACCACUAUGUCCUCUCGCGACAGGACCCCCCCUAAAGCGACCGGCCCGCAGUCGAUACCUCUCCGAGAUCUCUCAAGACCACCCGAUAGCGCACCAGACGAAACCGAUAUUUCAAUAGGCGCAGUCUCAAGCCACAAGCCACGACAUAGUCGCACUAGGUCCUUGAUGAUCGGACGUCGGACUCCUAAUUACGCGCGACUGAAUGACGAGGAGUCACCGGCAAGAGGAGGGCCCUCUUCUGAAACGGUUGGAAUUUCAAUACAAGGAGGAAGCGGUAGGGAAUCCCCAAUUGAAGAUGUAGGGGGAUUUGCCGCGGCGACGGUGGGACUGGACCUUCAGUUACCGUCAACACCACCCAGUGUCGGAGGACGACGACCGACCAUUAUCACCACGCCCGCUGACGGGGACCUUCAAGAUGUGGAAAGUCCCUUCUCGCCUCCCGACUCUGACACGACUCCCCUGACUGCUUCGCGCCGUAUACCGUCUUCUCUGAAGACGUCUAGCUCCGUAUCCAGAGGCCAGAGACAUGACAGACAAGGGAAAAGGUCGAGCGUUCACUGGACGGAUGGCGAAUCCCCAGCAGCGGCGCGUGGGAGAACUUCGCGCCUCGGAGACGAUCUGCCCACGCUCGAUACAGGCGCUGGAAUGCAUCGCAAGUUGAGCACCGCAAGUGGGAUCAGCCGUCUGACUUCUGGUCAAGGCGAAGCUGGCGAAAGAUCAAGGUCUCUAUCACCAUCUCCUUCCCCAAUGGCGAGGGCAAAUUCCAUGCUACGAGAGAUCUCACAGCGUGUGGUCAAUCUGAGUAAUGAUUCGGACAUGGUCGAGCAGAGCAUCCGGCGCAAAUCUUCUAUACGGCAACACAGGCGGCCGAGUGCUUCUGCUCAUCCCCUACAUGAUUUUGGAGACGAAGAAGGAGCACAGCCGCAGCAACCUCCCCUCGAGAAGGUCCCGUCUGCUGAAGUUGUUGCUGAACCCUUCACUCCAAUAGUUCCAGUUCAACACCCAAAUCCCCUUGUUGGGAAAACCUGGGGCAUAUUUGGACCGGAGAACCCUCUACGAAAGCGGCUUUGUGAAAUCCUCGUCCAUCCCUUGACAGAACCCACAAUCUUGGCUCUGAUUGUCGCCCAGACUGUAUUACUGGCUGUCAAUGCGGCGUCCGAUGCUGUUUACCUUCAGACUCGGACGAAGCGAUGGGGGAGCACUGGCUUUGAUUAUGCUAUCUUCGCCUUAUUUGUGGUAUACACCUUGGAACUCAUUGCCCGUACUAUUGUGUCUGGGUUCGUCUCGAAUCCGCUGGAGUUUAGCACGAUCAAUCGGUCUGUCGGGCUCAAAAAAGCCGUUCUUCAAAAGGCCCACACUUUGUUCGCGCCCCAGGAAGCUCAAGAGACACCAAUGAUGGUUAACGACGCACCAACGCAGCCGUCGAUUGUUCGCACCUUCACAGGAGUACCUCAUCCGGGGGAGGCUGGAGGACCUGGUCAUACGAAGCAGCAGCAAAGACUACGUCUGGCACGCCGCGCCUUUCUGCGGCAUUCUUUCAAUCGACUCGACUUCGUUGCCGUUGUCUCCUAUUGGAUCUCGUUCGUAAUGCAGCUCAGCGGUGUCGAAAAUUCGAGCCACGUUUACGUCUUCAACAUGCUCAGCUGCCUUCGAAUUCUGCGUCUAUUGGGUCUUACUGCAGGAACGUCUAUUAUCCUGCGAAGCCUGAAGAAAGCAGCUCCUCUUCUAGUUCACGUUGCCUUUCUGAUAGGCUUCUUUUGGCUGAUCUUCGGCAUUGUUGGUGUCCAAAGCUUCAAAUCGAGCCUGCGGCGGACCUGUGUCUGGGUUGGGAACGACGGUUCCGGUCAAAACUACAGCCUCAAUAUCGCGCCCGACAAUAUUCAGUUUUGUGGAGGCUACCUAGAUGCCGUGACUGGCGAGUCGAUGCCGUGGCUCAAGCCUGACGGCUCAAAUGGAACAGGCAGCUCCAAAGGAUAUAUCUGCCCUCAAGGCUCCUUGUGCGUCGAGGGAUUCAGUGGCCCAUACAACGGUACAGUCAGUUUCGACAAUAUUGGCCAGUCUCUGGAGCUCGUCUUCGUGAUCAUCAGUUCAAACACGUUUUCCGAUCUCCUUUACUAUCUAACGGACUCCGAUUACCUUGCCGCAGCACUUUUCUUUGCGGCCGGCAUAGUUGUUCUGAGCUUGUGGCUCGUCAACUUGUUGGUCGCUGUCAUCACCUCUUCAUUCCAGAUCAUCCGCGAAGAGAGCAAGCAGAGCGCAUUUACAGCUGACAAAAUUAACGCGCCACUAUUCGACGAGGAUCAAAUGGAGAAAAGGAGUCAAUUGAAGAAAAUAUAUGACAAAACCCAUCUAUUUUGGGUUCUAAUCAUCGUCUUCGACCUGAUUGUCCAGAGUCUGCGAAGUGCACGCAUGAGCGACAGCCGCGAGACCUUCAUCAUGGACUGCGAAACGGUCGUCACAUUCCUCCUGCUUCUAGAGAUUAUCAUGCGUUUCUUAUGCGACUGGAGACAUUUCUUCUACGGAAAAAGGAACUGGGUUGAUCUUUUGCUCGCCAUUAUUACCACAAUCAUGCAAAUUCCAGUAAUACGCAACUCGGGUCAGCCAUAUGCAUGGCUCUCAGCAUUUCAAAUUGCGCGUAUCUAUCGAGUCGUCCUCGCAGUCAGGGUCACAAGAGAACUUGUCAUGGUUGUAUUUGGCAAUAUUGUCGGGCUUUUGAACUUGAUCCUGUUUGUAUUCCUAUUCACUUUUCUGGCCGCCAUUCUUGCUUCGCAACUAUUCAGAGGGGAUAUUCCAGCAGCCGACGCCGACGGUGUCGUGAUUGGUGUGACGUUCUUUGACAUCUGGAACUCCUUCCUGGGAAUGUACCAAGUGUUUUCGAGUGAGAAUUGGACAACUCUGAUGUACAAUGCCACCCAGUUCAACGACAUCUGGGACACAGCGUGGCUGAGUGCGAUAUUUUUCAUCCUCUGGUUCGUCGUCUCAAACCUGAUUGUGCUGAAUAUGUUUAUUGCUGUCAUUCAGGAGAGCUUCGACGUGUCUGAGGAUGAGAAACGUUUACAACAGGUGAAGGCAUUUUUGAAGCAGAAGGAAAUGACUGGUUCAGCGUCUGGGAACCUCACACUCGCUGCAGUCUUCAAGAUGGGACGGGAAUCAAUCAGACAUCGGGAUGCUCUCGAAUAUGGCUCGGCAACAGUUGAACAGCUCCUAAAGGAAGCUGUCGUGAAGGACUUUCUUGACGAACAAGACGACGGCCUGACGCGCAGGACGACAUCCAUGCACCUCGAUGAAGUACCAACUGUCAAACCAGGCAUUCUGUCCAGAUACUGGGGCAAGAUCACCGGUUUCUACGGAUCAGCAGAACCCAAUCCGUUCUACUCUAGUGCGAAAAUCACUCGGGCAAACGAGGAGUUUGAUCCAAGAGCUGUGGCCAAAAGGGUGGUCAUGACAACCGAGAACCGUCGCCGUGUGCAGCGCCAAUAUUUGCAAAAGCACCCGAAGUACAACGUGUCCCUGUACAUCUUCAAGCCAGAUAACCCAUUGAGAAAGCUGUGCCAAUACCUCGUCGGUCCCGGCCGAGGAACAGAGCGUGUGGAGGGCGUCUCGCCUUACAGACCUGCCUGGUAUGCCUUCUCCGCCUUCACAUAUGCUGCCAUCGUCGCAAUGGUCAUUUUAGCUUGCAUCACCACGCCCUUGUAUCAACGCGAUUACUACUUGAACAAUACGCUGAGCAUCACAAACUGGUUCGUGUGGACCGAUCUGGGUUUCGCAAUACUCUUCACGGUCGAAGCGAUCAUUAAAGUAAUUGCGGAUGGACUCUUCUUCACGCCACAUGCCUACUUUCGAAGUGUCUGGGGCUUCAUCGACGGUGUCGUCCUCAUCACGCUCUGGAUCAAUGUGGUCACUGCCAUGUUCCGUGACGACGGCGUUUCUCGAGCCGUUGGUGCCUUCAAAGCACUGAGGGCGCUGCGAUUGCUCAAUAUUAGCGACACUGCACGAGAGACAUUUUACUCAGUUAUCAUUGUUGGUGGAUACAAGGUUCUUGCGGCCGCAUUCGUUUCCAUGAGCUUGCUGAUUCCAUUCGCAAUUCUUGGAGUCAACCUAUUCAACGGCAAAAUGCAAGCUUGUAACGAUGGAGAUUUCGGCUACAGUGCUUUGAGCAACUGCGUAGGAGAGUACAACUCCACUCCCUUCAACUGGCCUGUACUGGCUCCCAGACAGGUUGCCAACCCAUGGUUCGACUUCGAUGACUUCGGCAGCGCAUUGUUCAUUCUUUUCCAGAUCGUCUCUCAAGAGGGAUGGGUGAACGUCAUGUGGUCCGGCACGAGUAUCACUGGCACGGGGCUACAACCAGAGCCGUUUGCGGCACAGGGAAAUGCAGUUUAUUUCAUCGUCUUCAAUUUGUUGGGCGCCGUCUUUGUCCUGACUCUGUUUAUCUCUGUCUUCAUGCGAAAUUACACAGAGCAGACAGGGGUCGCCUUUUUGACAGCAGAACAACGAUCGUGGCUCGAACUUCGGAAGCUCCUGAAGCAGAUUUCUCCUUCCAAGAGAUCUCUCGGGGAGCAGACCACCAAAUGGAAGAAAUGGUGCUAUGACCUUUCGAUACAGAAACGGGGCAAGUGGCAAAGGUUCAUUACCACGAUAUUGGUUCUCCACUUGAUUCUCCUCACUAUCGACUUUUAUCCCGAGCCAGCGUGGUGGGAAACGGUCCGGGAAUACAUUUUUCUGGCCUUUACGGUUGUGUUGAUCGCCAAUAUCAUCAUCAGGAUAAUUGGGCUCUCGUGGAAUCGGUUUCGACGGAGCUCAUGGGACAUUUAUUCGGUCAUUGCCGUGUCCGGGAUCUUCGUAACGUCUCUGAUCUCGCUGUCCAAGGUCAACAGCGGAGGUUUCCAGCAGCUACGCAAGCUGUUCCUCGUCUCAGUCACCUUUCUCCUGAUCCCGCGCAACAAUCAGCUUGACCAGCUGUUCAAGACUGCCGCCGCCUCGCUUCCCCUGAUUGCCAAUCUGCUAGCAACAUGGUUUGUUCUGUUCCUGGUCUACGCAAUUGCCCUGACCCAGGCUUUUGGACUUACGCGUUUUGGACAAAACGAGAGCAACAAUGUCAACUUCCGCACUGUUCCGAAGGCCCUCAUCCUCCUGUUUCGGACCAGUAUUGGAGAAGGGUGGAAUCAAAUCAUGGAAGAUUUUGCCGGUCUCGAGCCGCCCUUCUGCGUGAGGGAAGCUAGUUUCUUCGCGAGCGACUGCGGCAGCUCCGGUUGGGCCAGGGCACUGUUCAUCUCCUGGAACAUUAUCAGCAUGUACAUUUUCGUGUCUCUGUUUGUCUCGAUGAUCUUCGAGAGCUUUUCGUAUGUCUAUCAGCAGAGCAGCGGCAUGUCCAUUGUGAGUCGAGAUGAGAUUCGACGCUUCAAACAAGCUUGGGCAGAGUUCGACCCAAAUGGUACUGGAUUCAUUUCCAAGGAGCAGUUCCCUCGCCUUCUAGGGGAACUGUCCGGUAUCUGGCAGAUGCGAAUCUACGAUGGUGACUUCACAGUGGGAGCCAUCAAAGAGGACUGUUCAGUGCAGCCAGGUGACCCCGUCAAACCACCAGGGAGAAUAGUGGACGGCAUUGAUCUCGACAAAUUGGCAGAACGCAUUAACCAAAUUCCCGUUGCAGAAAUUCGCCAGCGGCGUGCACGGAUCAACGUGUUCUAUCAAGAGGUUAUGUUGACGGCGGAUCCAGACCGUGGCAUUCCUUUCACGGCAGUCCUAUUCCUCUUAACGCACUACAAUGUGAUUACGGACUCUCGAAGUCUCCGCUUGGAAGAAUUCCUGCGGCGACGAGCGCGACUUCAAAGAGUCCAAGAAAGUAUCCGCAGAAAUACCGUGGUCGGCUUCUUCGACACGUUACAUUGGUCUCGGAAGUUUCAGAAAGCGGUCGAACGUCGAAGAAGCUCACGCCUGGUUGCGCCACCUUCUAUUCCUGUCCCCGAAAUCUUUAUUGAGGAUCCCGACGACAAUGUGGAAGGCAGUAGCAGCACAGAGCCACGCGAUUUCACCUCGUCUACGCCCUCCUAUACCCCGAAGAAGCAAUCAAUCAGCCUACCACCCAUUGACACAUCCAUGCCUCCUUCGGGUGCUUUGAGGAGCACUUCGCCGGUGGAAUUUGAAGGCUCCCCUCGGAGCAGCCCAGUCCGGACGAGAUUGGGAUCAGUGGAUACUGCCUACCACGGAGCAACAAGAUCAUCUCCAACGACGCCCACACUGGGUCACAGCCGACACAGCAGUAACGCCAGUGGGCUAAACGGGCAGGGCAUGAUGGAAAGCUUUGACAACUCAGCAUGGGGUGAAAGUAUCCGCCGAAGCUUUACGACCAGGAGAACACGGAGCAACAGCACCCGCGGAUGAGUGUGUGAUGGUCAUACACUCUGCUCGGCACGAUGUUUCACGACUCACGACCCAAGUCUUCUGAUUUCAUUUCUUUAUUUGUGAAUAUUAAGAUGGAAACGAGGUGGAUAAUGAUGGCGGGAUCCGAAAUGAAAAUAGAUGAGCAUAGCGAGGGCGUUUUCACCUUUUGAUGUGACGGGAAUGAGAUGGGGGUGGAUGACUGAACAGACGCGAAUAUGCACUGGCACCCAGCCAUCAUGUACAUCAUGGCACAUUACAUGGAUUAUGGAAGUCUAGCGAAGUGAUGUUGACGAGAGCUUUGUGAGCUAUGUGCCUGCCCAGCAGGAUCUUGAAAUGAAAUGGCUGCGGAAUGGCUGUCCACAACCCCGGAUGUCCCGAUGCAUUCCUCUCCGUAUUGUUAUUGCCAGUUCUCGAAGGAGAUGCAGAAGGCGCUUGUGGCUCUGUCGAUCCCCAGGGAU